AUGGCUGAGAACAGGCUGGAGCGCUGGGAGCCAGGACGGACGUCUGAGCAAGGAGCUACUGCAGGCUUCCAGAGGAUGGUGGUGAUCCAGCUGACGGCUUUUGGCCUAGCUCUCCUGUCUGCCCUCUUCCUGGUCACAGCCACCUGGACUGAUUGCUGGAUGGUUAAUACUGAUGACAGCUUGGAGGUCAGUCACAAAUGCCGGGGGCUUUGGAGGGAAUGUGUCACCAACAUGCAGGACGGCAUCAAGACCUGCGACCAGUACGAUUCCAUUCUAGCAGAUCACCCACUGAAAAUCGUGGUGACGCGGGCCCUGCUGAUCGCAGCGGACCUGCUGGCGGGCUUUGCUCUGCUUACGCUGCUGUUCGGUCUCGACUGCGUGACGUUUCUGAAGGAGGAGCCCCGCGUCAAACUGAAGCUGUGCUACACGGCUGGUCUCCUUCUCGGGACUGGAAGCGUCCUCGGCCUGGUUGGCUCGGUGUGGUACGCGGUGGACGUCUACAUGGAAAGGGCCACCCUGGUAGCGCACAGCGUGUUCCUAGGGGUGCACUACGACUUCGGCUGGUCCUGCUGGCUGGGCAUGGCCGGGGCGACGGGCUGCCUCGUGGCCUCCGUUGUUCUCACCUGCUGCCUGUACACGUUCACAGGUGAGUAG